AUGCACUCAGCAAACAUGUCAGCUCAGGGGACUCCAGGACCAUUCGAAGGACCUCAGUGGCCUCACGUUGCACCUCGUAGUACCUACUUAACAGUUGCUGUACUUAUGGGCAUGGUGGUGUUCUUAGCUUUCUUUGUAAAUGGCAUGGUUAUUGUGGUCUCCCUCAAAUACAAGAAGCUAAGGUCUCCAUUAAACUACAUACUAGUCAACCUGGCAGUGGCUGACAUACUCGUCACCAUGUUCGGGAGCACUGUUAGCUUUCACAAUAAUAUUUUUGGGUUCUUCACACUGGGCAAAUUAGUGUGUGAACUGGAAGGCUUCGUGGUGUCUCUAACAGGUAUUGUAGGUCUCUGGUCACUGGCGAUAUUAGCCUUUGAAAGGUACAUAGUAAUUUGUAAGCCCAUGGGAGAUUUCCGUUUCCAGCAGAGACAUGCAGUUAUGGGAUGUUCCUUCACCUGGAUCUGGGCUUUUUUGUGGACAUCUCCACCUCUGAUUGGCUGGUGCAGUUAUGUUCCUGAAGGUCUGGGCACAUCUUGUGGACCUAACUGGUACACCGGAGGUACCAACAACAACAGCUAUAUCUUGGCCUUGUUUACAACUUGUUUCAUGAUGCCACUUACUACCAUCAUAUUUUCAUAUUCCAACCUGUUACUUGCAUUGAGAGCAGUCGCAGCUCAACAAAAAGAAUCAGAGACAACGCAGCGGGCAGAGCGGGAGGUGACUAGGAUGGUUAUUGCUAUGGUCUUGGCAUUUCUCAUCUGCUGGUUACCCUAUGCUGUAUUUGCUAUUCUGAUGGCAUCAAAUAAAAAUCUUGUUAUUGAUCCUACCUUAGCAUCAAUGCCAUCAUAUUUCUCAAAAACAGCCACCGUCUACAACCCUGUCAUCUAUGUUUUUAUGAACAAACAGUUUCGAGAUUGCUUAACAAAACUCCUUUGUUGUGGGCGCAAUCCAUUUGGUGAAGAUGAAACAAGCACCGCCAGUGGCCGUACGGAUGUCACAUCUGUAUCUGAAGGAGGUGGAAACAAGGUCACACCAGCAUAA